CAAAAGCCAUUGGAUGGAACCUUUUUCUUCUAACCGUCAUGAUGGAACACAGAUCUCGCAUAAGAUCUGCCUCGAGCGGGAAAUCUCAUAGAUACCCGAACCCCUGCGUUCCUCCCUUCCCUCCAUGAAGCAAACCUCUUUGAAGCUUCUAAAAGCCUCAGCAUACCAUAUUUCCAAAAGACCAACGCCCCAGCUUAGCGUCAAACUCCGUUGCAACAUCAGCAUGCAAUCCGUCAAGAACACCGUCGCCGAAAACCUCGGCCAAGUCGUCCCUGGUAACGCACUCACACCGAAAGACUCCCAACUCUCCCUCGAGCAAGUCCCCGAUCUUUCUGGCAAGGUCGCCGUCGUGACUGGCGGCUCCGAAGGCAUCGGGUAUGGUUGCACACAUACUCUCCUUACGCACAACAUCUCCAAGCUCUUUGUCCUCUCGAAAGCUGAAGACAUCGUCUCAGACGCGAUCAAUGCCAUCAAAAGCGAGAUGGGCGAAACCGCCGCAAACAAAGUCGAGUGGAUGCAGUGCGAUUUGAGUGACUGGGAGGCUGCGGGCAAGACGGCGUUCGAGAUCGCGAAGAGGACGGAUAGGCUGGACAUCCUGAUCAACAACGCCGCAAGGGGAAUCAUGACGGCGCAGCUGGCGAAGAACGGCGUGGACUUGCACAUGGCUACCAACCACAAUGGCCAUGUGGUGCUGACAAGCCAUCUGCUCCCGCUGCUGAAAGAAACGGCGAAGAAGGGCGACAAGGUCCGGAUCGUCAAUCUCGGGUCUAACGCGCACCAGAACGCGCCGAAAGAGACCAAAUUCGAAAGCCUAGAAGAGCUGAACAAGGACUACGGCCCGAUGGCACAGUACGGCCGCACCAAGCUCGCCUCCAUCCUAUACGCGAAGUACCUCAACCGACACCUGACCUCGCAGGAGCCGAAUAUCCUCGCAAACGCCACGCAUCCGGGCAUCGUCGAGACGCGGCAGUCUUCCGAGCAUAUAAAAGAACCAUAUCCUCUUGGCGGAUAUUUGAUGAGCCAUGGGCUGGCGCCUUUCAAAAAGGACCAGUUCGAAGGAGCGGUUUCCACAAUGUAUGCAACCGCGGCGGAGAAGAGCGAUCUAUAUCUCUGCCCGCCGGCGAUAGUAGAGCAAGGCAGCCCGCAGGCGAAUGAUAAUGAGCUUGGAGAGAAGCUGAUGGAUCUCACCUGGAAGAUCGUGAAGGAGAAGACGAAAGCAGCACAGGAAGGCUGUCCGUUCGAAGAAUACUAGAAUGAUAGAUUGGGUAGACAUUACCGAA